GCCACAUGGGACUCUUAUAUUUAAUCCUUUUGGUUUAAUUGUACUCUAUCCCACCAGGCUGAGCGAAGCAGGACAGGAGGAGGAGGAAGUGAAAGAAACCCUGCAGGACUCAUUGGAUGAGGGCCAUAAGUCUUCCUUCAGUCACUGUAAAUUGUCAGAUAUCCACCAGCCUCUCUGCUCUGGUGCCGAUCUGUUGGAAAGUCAACAUAAUCAGAAGCAAGUGGAAGAGGAAGAGGCAACAGACCACAGGAUGGAGCCACAAGAGAGUGAGGAAAUGGAUGAAGUGCUGCUGGACCCAUUGGAUGAGAUGGAUUUGACUCCUUCCAGUUGCCACAACUUGCCUGACUCUCACCAACCUCCCAAGAGUCCAUCCUCGCUCUCUGAAGAGCACGUGGAUGUGGAUAAAUCCCAUGAAAAUGGGGUUGAUAAUGAAGAGGAGUCACUGGAUUGCAGCAGUCUCAGUGGUGAACUGCCCAAGGAGAAAGAGGAUGACCUCCUGCCAGGUGAAGAGUAUUUUGCAUCCUCUGGUCAUGCUCAUUCAUCUGACUCAGCACAGCUUCCCCCAUCAGAUGAGACUAAAGUCAACUCUGCCCUGGAUGGAGCCAAGGCACAUUUGGGUACUCGACUUGAAGCGAAGAACCCUCCCGAGCUCGAGGGUGAUGAGCUUGAAGGCUCAGCUGUGGAAACACCUGGGUCUCAGGUGCCUAUCCUCGUUGAUGCCACCACCAUCCUCACUGAGAAGAUUCUCAAGAGAAAGCCACUACUCUUGAGCAAGUGGAACAUUGCCUGCAGAUUUCCUGGCCUUCAAGCUUCGGAGAACCAUGAAAAUGAACACGAUGAAGAGGAAGAUUCGCUGAAUUCCAGCAUUCUCAAUGGUGAAAUGCCCCAGGAGAAAGAGGAUGACCUCCUGCCAGGUGAAGCGUAUUUUGAAUCCUCUGGUCAUGCUCAUUCGUGUGACUUAGGACAGCUUCCGCCAUCAGAUGAGACUAAAUUCAGCUCUGCCCUAGAUGGAGCCAAGGCACAUUUGGGUACUCGACUUGAAGCGAAGAACCCUCCCGAGCUCCAGGGUGAUGAGCUUGAAGGCUCAGCUGUAGAAACGACUGGGUCUCAGGUGCCUAUCCUCGUUGAUGCCACCACCAUCCUCACUGAGAAGAUUCUCAAGAGAAAGUCACUACUCUUGAGCAAGUGGAACAUUGCCUGCAGAUUUCCUGGCCUUCAAGCUUCGGAGAACCAUGAAAAUGAACACGAUGAAGAGGAAGAUUCGCUGAAUUCCAGCAGUCUCAAUGGUGAAAUGCCCCAGGAGAAAGAGGAUGACCUCCUGCCAGGUGAAGAGUAUUUUGAAUCCUCUGGUCAUGCUCAUUCAUGUGACUUAGCAGAGCUUCUGCCAUCAGAUGAGACUAAAUUCAGCUCUGCCCUAGAUGGAGCCAACGCACAUUUGGGUAUUCCACUUGAAGCAAAGAACCCUCCCGAGCUCCAGGGUGAUGAGCUUGAAGGCUCAGCUGUGGAAACACCUGGGUCUCAGGUGCCUAUCCUCAUUGAUGCGUCCACCAUACUGACUGAGAUGAUUCUCAAGAGAAAGCCACUACUCUUGAGCAAGUGGAACAUUGCCUGCAGAUUCCCUGUCUUUCAACCUUCAGAGAACCAUGAAAAUGAACACGAUGAAGAGGAAGAUUCGCUGAAUUCCAGCAGUCUCAAUGGUGAAUUGCCCGAGGAGAAAGAGGAUGACCUCCUGCCAGGUGAAGCGUAUUUUGAAUCCUCUGGUCAUGCUCAUUCGUGUGACUUAGGACAGCUUCCCCCAUCAGAUGAGACUAAAUUCAGCUCUGCCCUAGAUGGAGCCAAGGCACAUUUGGGUACUCAACUUGAAGCAAAGAACCCUCCCGAGCUCGAGGGUGAUGAGCUUGAAGGCUUAGCUGUGGAAACACCUGGGUGUCAGGUGCCUAUCCUCAUUGAUGCCACCACUGUCUUUACUGAGAAGAUUCUCAAGAGAAAGCCACUAUUCCUGAGCAAGUGGAGCGUUGCCUGCAGAUUCCCUGGCCUUCAAGCUUUGGGUAGAGUUGUGCUCUCUUCUGUUACUCUUGGAAGCACUUACUCAUUUUAGCUCUCUAUGUAUUUUGUUCCAUCUAAUUGUGUCUUUUGGUGUAUCAAUAAUUUGCUUUUCGUCAUGAUUUCUAAGGUGAGUAACAAUCAUCAGGACUACAGUUGGCAUUCUGAAUUAUUCUUAAGAUUUUCUUUCAUAUUUAAAGUAUUAGAUUAACUGAAUGUUUAAUACAUGUGUGUUCAUUGCUAUGUAGCUUCACUUACAAUAAAUUAUAAAAGUUUAUA